UUAACAUUUUCCCCUUUUAAUAAUCCGCAUUUUCUCAGCUUUUCAUUAACAUCUGUUUUGUAAGGCCUAAGAGUGGACGAAGAAGACAAAUCAACCGAUGUUUUCCUUGACAACAUUACAGCCUCAGGUUGUGACAGCAUUGAAGCAGUUUUCAUUGAUUGUGAAUGGAUCCAGAGCUCUGUCGACAGAGAACUGUUUUGGGGGAAGGAGGCGAAGAAAUCUACAGAAAAAAUACAAUGCUCCUCAAACAGAGAAAGGCCACUCAAGUCAGACAGAUCAGGAGUUUAGCCCCUUGAUUUGCGGCUCAGUAAGGGGAGAUAGUUAUGUCUCCUCUCCUACCUUCUUUGAAAACAAAUAUGGUUUUGAGGACCCUAGUUUUACCAGGCCCGCACCAUCAUUACUAACUUCCAGGACAACAGAACAAAGACGUCUGCUUCAGUUACGUCAACUAUGGCAUUCGUCAGUCCGCUUGUUUUACGUACGAAGGGAGGGAACUGGUGAUCCAAGGAACGAAGACCCUGAACAGCAAGGACUGAAGGAGGUGAAAAAGACAGUAGAAGAUCAGUAUGCUGUGUUAAAGGAGUUAGCUGAACUUAGUACAAAGCAGGCCGCCGAUAAUAAGAACCUGUUGAAACAGCAGCAGCUGAAAAACCUGGAGGAGAAGUACGAGAUGCUGAUGUCACAGGUCAAGGAAUUGAGCAGUAAAAAGAAGACGACGGUCAAUCACGCCGUCCAGCUCCUGAGUUACGUCGCCGCAGUUAUCCUUCUGGUCAUCAUCAUUGUUAGGAUCACAGGAUCAAAUGUUAUGAACGGCAACUCCAAAACAUUCUCGGUGGUGUCAAAGGAUAUGAUUGAGGAAAAAUUCAGCGAUGUCCAUGGAAUGGAUGAGGCCAAGGAUGAUAUGAUUGAUAUCGUCAAAUUCCUGCAGAACCCCGAGCCAUUCAACCAAGUGGGAGCCAAGAUUCCUAAAGGAAUCUUAUUGGAAGGUCCCCCUGGAGUUGGAAAAACCAUGUUAGCCAGGGCAGUGGCAGGAGAAGCUGGAGUGCCAUUCAUUUUUGCCUCGGGCUCCGAGUUUGAUGAAAUCUUUGUCGGUGUGGGUGCCAAGCGAGUACGAGAACUUUUUGAGACUGCGAGACACAUAGCUCCGUGCAUUGUUUUCAUUGAUGAAAUAGACAGCCUGGCUACCACCAGGACACAGAGUCCGUACUCCACCCCCGCGGCCUACCAGAGUAUCAACCAACUACUGACAGAGCUAGAUGGGUUCCAGUCUAUGAAUGGAAUCAUACUCAUCGCAGCCACAAACAGAAAAGAUGCUCUAGAUCCUGCCAUAUUACGACCUGGACGUUUGGAUAUGCACAUAUCUGUAGAAAGACCAGACCUAAAAGGACGAGAGAAAAUGUUCAAGCAAUAUCUGAGUAAAGUCAAACAUGACCCAGAUAUCAAUAUCACACACCUGGCCCUUGGUACAAGUGGAUUCACAGGUGCUGAUAUCAGCAGUAUGGUGAAUCAGGCCGCACUGAAGGCGGGUAUAGAUGGAGUAUCCUCAGUCAACAUGAGUCAUCUGAACUACGCCAAGGACAAAAUCCUGAUGGGAUCAGAAAAAAAGACCCGCACUCCAGAUGAACGAGUAAACUGGUGCACGGCCAUCCAUGAAGCGGGGCACACCAUUGUAGGCAUGGAGUCCAAAACCUCCGUCACGGACGUGUACAAAGUCACGAUCAAAAGCAGGGGAGGCAACCAUUCCCUGGGUCACACUCAAUUUCUACCAAAGACAGAGCUUUACGACGAGAGCAGAGCUCAGCUGAUGAAUGAGCUUGACAUUUGUAUGGGAGGACGUGUCGCUGAAGAAAUCAUUUUCGGAGCCAAUGAAGUCACAACAGGAGCCAGCAGUGAUUUUAAAACAGCCACCUCCAUUGCCAAGCAGAUGGUGAUGUAUUAUGGGAUGUCAGAGAAUCUGGGAAUGCGCGUCUACAGCAAGAAAGAUCUACAGAUGAUGAGCCCUAAAAUGAGAAAAGAAGUCGAUGAUGAAGUCAACAAACUUUUGCAGGACUCGUACAAUCGGACAAAGAAACUGCUGCUGAGAAAGAAAGACAAACUGACCAAGCUAGCAGAAAUGCUAAUGAAGUACGAAACUUUGGACAUGGAGGAAAUUCGGCUCAUCAUGGAGGGGAAAGACAUUGUUCGCUCUUGAUUGUGGGCAUGGCUCUAGUUGAAGAAACUAUUGUCACAUGAGUUUUAGCAUCUUUUGUGUCUAUUGUGAGAAAACUAGAUCAAUUCUGAUGCUGUUUAAUUUCAAAAUCUUGUCUUCUCAUCAUAUGGAUAUUGCCAAUACCAAGAUUUGAAAUGACGCAAUGUGGCCAUCUUAUGUUAAGCAAGGAAACCAAAAUCUUCUUAUUUGCAGAAAAACAGGGCCUUUAUAUUAUGGUGGAUUGAAACAAAAAAUUGUUUGUGUUUUUCUUAUUACUCAAGAUGAAAAACUAAGAGUAAACCAAUCUAGUAUGAAGUUA